UCACAUCGUUUAUAUGAGUUUUGCCAUCUGUAGAUUUUACCAACAAUUGUGGUUUAAUCAGUUAGAAAUAGAGAAGAGUCAUUAACCAGGAGAAAAUGUCAAAUCUAAAAAUGAAAGAGGCGGCCCUCAUCUAUCUUGAUAGAAGUGGAGGCCUCCAAAAGUUUAUAGAUGAUUGCAAGUACUACAAUGAUUCAAAACAAAGCUAUGCUGUCUAUCGAUUCAAAAUUUUAAUAAAUCCAUCUGAUGUUGUUGAAUUAGAUGCUAAGCUUGGAAAUCACAUUUUACACCAACCUUUAAAAGCUGCUGAAGUUUUUCAAUCAGUCUGUUUUAUUGCUGUUAAGACUCUCUCAUUAAUUGGACAAUUGCAGACUGAAACCCAAAUUAAUAUAGUGCUGAAAUUAUCACAUUUACCUCCCCUGCCAAGUUAUAGUCUUGAUCUUUGUGAGUUUCCACUUGAUUAUACAUCUCAGAGAUUUUAUGUGAUGCAAGGAAUUGUGAUUGCAAUGACAACUGUAACCAAGUAUACACAAGGUGCAAGAUUCCUUUGUUCAGAUGAAGCGUGCCCUCUUUCAAAAGGAUUUCAGUAUAUAAGAGUGCAUGUCCCUGGUGCUACAGAAUCUGCAACAAUAAGAAAUGACUUUUUGUGUGAUCUGUGUGCAUCUUCACUUCAAGAAGACAGAAAAUUUAGAGUACUUGGUGAUAAACAAAUAGUUGAAAUAAUUACCACAAAGGCACUUCAUGCUUUUCAAGGAUAUUCUAACAACCAGCCAUUUAGGUUUCAAUCUCUUACAAUUUUCCUAAGAGAUGAAUCAGUGAAUAAAAUGAAUAUGGGAAAUGAAUAUAAAAUUAUUGGAAUUCCAACCUGUGUAAAAACCUCACAAACUGCUGUCUGUAUAGAAGCGAAUAGCAUAACUUUUUGUAAUUCAAAAGUUCCUUCAGGAAUUAGUGACAACUUCAAGUGUCUUCUCUCCUUAACUUCAAGCUCAUGCUGGAAAUUUACAGCAAUACUUGCCAAUAUCUUUGCAUCACAAAUUACUCCUCCUGGGACUUACAAUUUGCUGAAGCUCUGUUUGUUGAUGAGUCUGGUACAGAUAACUGACCGUAACAAGGAACUGGAAGAUUGUCUGGAUAUUUUAAUAAUAACAAGUGAUACUCUACUUGCAGACAGGCUUUUGAAUUUUAGCAUAAACCUUAUUCCUCGUGGUAUACGUCAUCCAGUCUCUACUGAAAUUUUUCCCACUUUAUCCAGGAAUAAGUAUGGAACUGGAGCAGUUAGCAUUCAAGCUGGCAGUGCUUUGCUAGCUAAAGGUGGUAUCUGCUUUAUAGGAGACUUGGCUUCACACAAAAAAGAUAAACUUGAACAGCUUCAAUCAGUUCUGGAGAGUAGAAGCAUCACAGUGUACAUCCCAGGAAAGAAGUUUGGGGAGGAUAUUGAUCAACAGAUGACUUUUCCAGUUCAGUGCAGCUUUUGGUCUUUUGUUGAUAUGGAUUCAUCUUCAAGGAGAAAUGCACAGAAAAUCAACACUCUAAUUGGUCAGAUGGUAAGGUAUAUGUAUAUUUUAUUACUUUAUAAUGUCCUCUUCCACUUCUGCCUCAAUCACUCAUGUGAUGUGGACUGUCCUGAGCUACUGGCUUUUGCAAAGAAUUUGAAUGUAGAAUUCAGCUUGGAAGCAGAAAGAAUGAUUCAUGGCUAUUAUCUAGCAAGUCGAAGAAUCAGAACUGACUCUAUAUGUGGAUCAAAACUGUCAGCAUCUGCAUUAAAAUAUCUCGUUUCCCUAUCUGAAGCCCAUGCACGACUGAACUUAAGGAAUGAAGUGCGUAAAGAAGAUGUGCUGAUUGCAGCCUUGCUAUUUGAAACAUCCCUCACAUUGAAAUAUGGGGCCACUGUAUUUUGUGUUGCUCCGAAUGCAGUAUUUCCAUUUGAACUGUAUAAUGAAGAAUACUUAGAGCAAAGGGAUCUCUAUCUGACUCAGUGCCAACAACAGCUGGAACAGUUUAUUGCCACAUAUGGACCUGGGACAACUAUUUUCUCUAGUGAUGAAUAAGCAAUUUGAGGAAUUUUUGUUCAUUCCUACCUAAGCAGUGGAGAAAAAGUGUGAGUAUUUUGAGAGUGACUUUGAAUACAUGCUUCCAUAAUACCGUGUACAGGAAUAUAUUACAAUACUAUUUUAAAAAAUGCAAAAUAUAGUCCCCUCAAAAUUGCUAGCAGGAUAAAUACUAAUCCAAACCUCUAAAACCAACAGAAUUUUAAAACAUAGAACAAUGUGGGCAAUUUGAAAUGAUAAAGUUGUCAAGGAGAAUGCUAUAAAGAAAAACCGUAUGGUUAGCCCAGAAUACCAGUGGCGAACAGAUAAAAAUGUAAAGAAUGUUGCAAUCUAAGCAAUAUGAAAAAUGGCAACCUUUAUGUUAGUUCACUCUAAUGUCACAAGAUGGCAAUAACUCUUUACCUACAAAUGAUUCUAAAACAUUUUUCUUCCACUUGUGAACUUGCUAAACUGAUGAGUAAAUACUUUAAACGUGAGCUUUAAAUGUAAAGCCUUUUUACACUUUAUUAUUGACAUGUCCAUUACAUACCACUGUUUUAGAAGCCCUAAAUAUGGAGUCAGGAAAAGCCUUGGAAAUUUUCUUUAGGUAUAUGCCAGGUUAAAUGAAAAAAUACAGGGAACCAAGGAGCCAAUAACUUAUAAAUUGGCUCUUUAAUCCUAACUGGUUACAAGAAAGGUCCCAAAAGGCAAAUAAACCAAUUUGCAAAUCUAGUCCUCAUUUUUGGAGAGAAGAUACCUGCUUUGAAAAGAUAG